ACUACGUCUCACUGCCAGGCUCCCGCCGCUAGAUCCACUGCCGCCGCUGCCGCCGCUACCCCCAGCCGGCCCGGCCUCAGUCCCGCCGCCGCCAUGGCCCAGUAUAAGGGUGCCGCGAGCGAGGCGGGCCGCGCCAUGCACCUGAUGAAGAAGCGGGAGAAGCAGCGCGAGCAGAUGGAGCAGAUGAAGCAGCGCAUCGCCGAGGAGAAUAUCAUGAAGUCCAACAUCGACAAGAAGUUCUCAGCACACUAUGACGCUGUGGAGGCAGAGCUCAAGUCCAGCACCGUGGGUCUCGUCACCCUGAAUGACAUGAAGGCCAAGCAGGAGGCCCUGGUGAAGGAGCGGGAGAAGCAGCUGGCGAAGAAGGAGCAAUCGAAGGAAUUGCAGCUGAAGCUAGAGAAACUUCGAGAGAAGGAACGCAAGAAGGAGGCCAAACGGAAGAUCUCCAGCCUGUCCUUCACCCUGGAAGAAGAGGAGGAGGCGGGCGAGGAGGAAGAGGAGGUGGCCACUUAUGAGGAGGAGCUGGAAAGGGCAGAGACCACCACGAAGAAAAGGAAAUUGGGGAAGAACCCGGAUGUAGACACAAGCUUCUUGCCUGACCGGGACCGGGAGGAGGAGGAGAACCGGCUCCGGGAAGAGCUGCGGCAGGAGUGGGAAGCGAAGCAGGAGAAGAUCAAGAGCGAGGAGAUCGAGAUCACUUUCAGCUACUGGGAUGGCUCCGGGCACCGGCGGACGGUCAAGAUGAAGAAGGGCAACACCAUGCAGCAGUUCCUGCAGAAGGCACUCGAGAUCCUGCGCAAGGACUUCAGUGAGCUCAGGUCUGCUGGGGUAGAGCAGCUCAUGUACAUCAAGGAGGACCUCAUCAUCCCUCACCACCACAGCUUCUAUGACUUCAUUGUCACCAAGGCUCGCGGCAAGAGUGGGCCGCUCUUCAAUUUCGACGUUCACGAUGAUGUGCGCCUGCUGAGUGACGCCACUGUGGAGAAGGAUGAGUCACAUGCUGGCAAGGUGGUGCUGAGGAGCUGGUACGAGAAGAACAAGCAUAUCUUCCCCGCCAGCCGCUGGGAGCCCUAUGACCCCGAGAAGAAGUGGGACAAGUACACGAUCCGGUGAUCGGCAGCCAGCCGCAGCCGGGGCUCCCUCAGUGUUCCGCUGUGGGCGUGGCGCCAGUCAGCCCUUGGGCCCCUUCUGUUCCGGUGAGCAAGUGGCGCGGUCCAGCUGGAGCAGCGGUGCCGUUGUCCUAGAAACCUCCCUUAGUGAGAGAAGACCACCCAGUCCGCCCGCCUAACCGUGUGUUUCCAAGUGCAUCGCAGGACUGCUCUGUCUAGUUCCAGAUCGUUUCUGUCACCCCCAAAGGAGGCCCAGCCCCACGACAGCCCCCGCGCCCUGCACCCGCCCUCCUCCUGCCCCUGGAUUUCCUCUUCUGGAUGCCACAUGCAUAAAUGCAGUCAGACAGUA